GACACCUGAUUCUGAUCAUUUGAAUGGGUGAGCGAAUACUUUUGGUAAUAUAGUGUAUAUGUCACUAGCUUAGCAUUGAGCUAUGCUAAUAGCAUUCAAAACUUCAAAAUAACCCAAACUUUGAAUGUCCGAUAACUAUCCUGGUGGUAAGUGCGAUGUGCUCCCUCCACUGGUGUAUGCACAACAAGGUAUUAAAAAAAGGGGCCUAACUAAUAGGUGGACUGUGGUCCAGUUGCAGACCCAGACCAGUACAAGAACCUGCAAGUGAUUAAAUAUUGAGGUUUGAUACAUUUUUAAGAGCGUUUCAAUUUUAAUUUCUCCAGUUAUUAACAGCAGAAAUGCAGAGUCACUCUUCUUAUGUGAUCAAUCAAAUACUUGGCUGUCGGCGAGUAAGAACCAGGGUGCAGAGAAGAGUAGAAGAUAGUAGAUCAUCGGUCACAAAGAGUGGUCUGCUACAGAGAACUGCAUUUUUAUUAUUUAUUUUACAUGCAAAAGUCAUCUUUGUUUGUUUAUUGGAAUCUGUAUAAAUUUAAUUUAAUGAUUUGAAUACUGAAGCAGCUCAUCUGUAUUGUAUUGACAUCCUGUUUAUCCCUGUUUUAUCAAGGCGAUAACAGAGUUUAAUUUACUAAAUGGCGUCUUUCUUCUCCUGCUUUUUCUUCCUGUAGUUUACCUCCUGACAGUAAACAUAUGUCUUUAUACUCUGAAAUGAACCCGAGGAUAAGGUGUCUGCCAUAAUGUUAAUACACAGUCUGGAUGUCCAUUUACUGCACCUUCCACGUACAUUGGUUCCAAAUUAAUAGAGUUGCUAUUAAGGUUGAUAUAACUGGACAAAAUGAUGAGAGGUGUUUGACUAUCAUAUUGUGAUUCAAUUCAUUUUUCCUGACAAUUUCCAAUUUCUAGGUGAACAUUUGGGAGCAGAUCUUUCAGAUAUCCUUCAUAUUGGAGAUGAUCAAUUCUGUGCCGUUCAUAAUUACAGUCAUUGUUUUUUUGUUUCUUUUUAGAAAUGUUACUAGUCUAAGUUGUUUUUUAAUCAUGCUAACUGGUUUUAAAUUUCAACAUUUUUCUUCCGUCUCUCAAGAUUUUCUGGGCUCCAUGGAGAAACAUAUUUGUCCAUGUGUUUCUAAACUGCUGGUUAGCCAAAGGUGCACUGGAGAAUAUGAUUAGCGGGAUGUGGACAGAGAGAACCCAGAGAGAUCUUCUCCGACUACAUAAUGAAUUCCGAAGACGGAGAAGACAAAACCCAAGGCUUUAGAAAUGACUUCCACCAUGCCAUCCAGAGGACCCACUCUGCCAUGUUCAACCAGGUGUUCAUCCUCAUCUGUACCCUGAUGUGUCUGGUUUUCACUGGAGCCUGUGGGAUCCAGCACCUGGAGAGAGCAGGAAAACACCUGUCCCUGUUCGACUCCUUCUAUUUCUGCAUCCUCACCUUCUCGACUGUGGGCUACGGGGACGUCACGCCACAGAUCUGGCCGUCGAAGCUGCUGGUUGUCCUUCUCAUCUCUGUUGCUCUGGUUGUUCUGCCGCUGCAGUUUGAAGAACUAGCGUACCUGUGGAUGGAGAGCCAGAAAUUGGGAGGGAACUACAGCCAACAACGAGCACAGACGGAGAAGCACGUGGUGUUGUGUGUCAGCUCGCUGAAGAUCAAUCUGCUGAUGGAUUUCCUCAAUGAGUUCUACGCUCAUCCUAGACUACAGGACUAUUACGUGGUUAUUCUGUGUCCAGCAGAGAUGGACAUCCAGGUUCGCCGUAUUCUCCAGAUUCCUCUGUGGUCACAGAGGGUCAUCUACCUUCAGGGAUCUGCUCUCAAAGACCAGGACCUGAUGAGGGCAAAGAUGGACGAUGCUGAGGCCUGCUUUAUUCUGAGCAGCAGAAAUGGGGUGGAUCGAACGGCAGCAGAUCACCAGACCAUUUUGAGGGCCUGGGCUGCGAAGGACUUCGCCCCUAACUGUCCUCUCUAUGUCCAAAUUCUCAAACCAGAAAAUAAAUUUCACGUGAAGUUUGCAGAUCACGUGGUAUGUGAAGAAGAAUUCAAAUACGCCUUGUUGUCACUGAACUGCGUGUGUCCAGCCAUGUCCACCUUAGUCACUCUCUUGGUCCACACCACCAGAGGACAGUGAUUAUUUCUGUACUGCCUUUUACAUGUUACCUUUUAUCGCCUUUCACGUCAAAACGUAUUUAAAAUGGAGGGCCAGCUCGCACCGGAGCAGUGGCAGUGGACGUACGGUCACUGCUCGGGGAACGAGGUUUACCACAUCCGCCUGUGUGACAGCAAAUUUUUCGGGGAGUACGACGGCAAGAGCUUUACGUACGCUUCCUUUCACGCCCAUAAGAAAUACGGAGUGUGUCUAAUUGGCGUGAAGUGGGAGGACAACAAGAGCAUCCUCCUGAAACCUGGUCCUCGCCACAUCAUGGCUGCCACCGAUACCUGCUACUACAUCAACAUCACCAAGGAGGAGAACUCCGCCUUCAUCUUCAAACAGGAGGAGAAGCACUGCAAAGGUCUGCCCAUCACUGGCCUCUAUGACGCCCCCUCUAGGCUUCCUGUGCACAGCAUCAUCGCCAGCAUGGGCUCUUGUUCCAUUAGCUUUGUGAAGGGCUACCCUCCAAACUCACCCUACAUAGGCAGCUCUCCCACACUCACACAGAAAGCUCCGUUCUGCUGCCUUCGCCUGGACAAGGGAUGCACACACAACAGCUUCGAAGAUGCCAAGGCCUACGGCUUCAAGAACAAGCUGAUCAUAGUGUCGGCAGAGACGGCAGGCAAUGGCCUCUACAACUUCAUUGUCCCGCAGCGGGCCUACUACCGUCCCAGGAAGGAGCUCAAUCCCAUAGUUCUGCUGUUGGACUACCCGCCAGACAACCAUUUCUUAGAGGCCAUUUGCUGUUUUCCAAUGGUGUACUUCAUGGCCGGCACUAUUGAUAAUCUGGACAACCUGCUGCAGUGCGGCAUCAUCUACACUGACAAUCUGGUGGUCGUGGACAAAGAGAGCACCACGAGCGCCAAAGAGGACUACAUGGCGGAUGCUAAAACCAUCAUCAACGUCCAGACCAUGUUCAGAUUAUUCCCCAGCCUCAGCAUCAGCACAGAGCUCACACAUCCGUUCAACAUGAGGUUUAUGCAGUUCAGGGCCAAAGACUGCUACUCACUGGCUCUUUCCAAACUGGAGAAGAUAGAACGUGAUAAGGGCUCCAACCUGGCCUUCAUGUUCCGGCUGCCGUUCUCUGCAGGCAGGGUUUUCAGUAUCAGCAUGUUGGAUACACUGCUUUACCAGUCCUUCGUCAAAGACUAUAUGAUUGCUAUCACAAGGCUUCUCCUGGGCCUGGACACCACACCUGGCUCUGGAUACCUCUGUGUUAUGAAGAUCACGGAGAAGGAUCUGUGGAUCAGGACGUUCUUCCAGAAAUUGUGUUCAUCCAGUGCUGAGAUUCCAAUCUGGAUUUACCGCACAGAGUCUCACAUGUUCUCGUCCUCAGAGUCUCAGGUGUCCAUUAACAUGGAGCCAGGCAGAGAGCAGGGAGAGAACUGGAAGGAGAAGAUGGGCCACAAGAACUCCACCGCCAGUGUCCAAUCAGAACUGAGGAAGAAGAGCAUGCAGUGGGCGUGCCGCCUGAGCAGAAAAAAAUGUGAAGCAGCCAGUCGAGCCGAACACAUCUCGCAGCAGAGGCUCAACCUGUACAGGCGCUCCAAACGUCAGGAGCUGUCAGAGCUGGUCAAGAACCGUAUGAAGCACCUCGGUCUGCCCACUGUUGGAUACGAUGAGAUGAACGACCAUCAGAACACGCUGUCCUACGUCCUCAUCAAUCCGCCGCCUGACACCAGGCUGGAGCUCAACGAAAUUGUCUACAUCAUCCGGCCUGACCCGCUGGCACAUAUGCCGGAGGAUGCACAGGUGGCAAUGCAGACGUGUGGAACCAAAAACCAGCAGGAGUUCGGCACAGAGACGAGGGACGAGACUCACCUCUGAACUUUCUUCUUCUUAGCUGUCACUCAAAGCCCACGGUCGAAGGCUGGUCAGCUCGGCCAUCCAUCCACCAAUGAAUGUGUAUCCGAGCGGAACAAGUGGAUAUUUGAAGAGGUGCAGUUACCGCAGAGAUGCUGUAGGGGGAUGCAUGAAGAGUGCCUCGUCACUGACUCCCUCACUCUCCCUCCACCCACUCUGUACAAUCACACACUUCCCUUGUGUCCAUCCAGAUGAAACCAGAAAAGGGGCGGAGUCGUUGUCCACUGAACCAAAGGUCCGACAGUCUGUGGUCAUUUUUUUUUUUUUUUUUGCAAUUCUCAAACAUCAGUUGUAAGGAUUCACUCCGAAAAUGUUGCUCAGGAGUGAUGAGUUUACAUGGUGAGAGGGAGUGUUUUGAACCACGUGACCCUGAUGACAAAUCCAUGUCGGUCCCGGUCUUCAGCUCACUUUGAGCUGGUCCAAACCUGGUCUGGAGAGACGGUGAAAAAUCAAACAUGAAGAAGUUACCAUAUUUUCCACACUAUAAGGCGCACUUAAAAGCCUUUAAUUUUCUCAAAAAUUGACAGUGCGCCUUAUAACCCGUUGCGCCUUAUGUAUUACUUCUGGUCUGGUUGUGCUUACUGAGCUUGAACCGAUUUUACAAAGCCAAACUACACAGCACAUCACACAUGAUGGCACACAACUGAAGCACACUGGGAGCACACAAUGACGUUUAACUCUGUUAUCACAAUUAGAAGAUGCUCAACAACAAUUGUUACAGUAUGGUCGUGUAACCCAAAUCCGUGCAACAUCGCGUCAUGCCUCCCAACACCCAGACACUGUACACUGUGUUUUUGUAUUGUCGAUGUAUGUUGCGAUGCAGGACGACUCAGACGCAUGACUGAUUUUU